GUGGGGCAGACGCAGGGCCGCAGGCAGGACCUGGCUCGGAGGAGAGCUCCCGGGAUACGACUGUGUGUCGGAAGGGGGUGGGUGACUUGGAAAGCCGGGAGCAAACGGCCGCGAGGUUUUUUGUUUGUUUUUCAAAAACACGGCGACCCCGGCCACUCUGGAUGCGACGAGGGGAAUCCCCGGAAUAGGCGCAGGCCGAGAUUCCCCAGGGACCCGUAAGGCGGCCGCGGGAGCGCGGCAGGAGGAGACCCCGGGGCUGGGGCCCAGGGGGCGACUUACUUUGAGGAGGCAGCUGUUGAGAGGAGCGGGCACCGAGGUGCGGUGGAUAACCAGGUCCUGGCCCGGGUUGUGCACGUCGCAGAUGAGCUCCAGCACGGCGAUGCUGCGGGCCGUGGACACGGACACGCGGUGGUCCUCGGACCAGGCCAGCGGCUCUAAGCCGCUCACCGCGUACUGCAGCUUCACGGCCGGCUCCCGCCGAGUCACCAGGAAGCGGAACGCGGCACUGGGCCCGGGGGCCGCGUCUGCAGCCGGCUCCUUCCCGCCCGCCUCGCCGCCCCCCUCGCCCUCCUCCUCCUCGGGCGGCGCAGGCCCGUCGGCCGCGAGCCCCACCCGGGCCUUGUCAGCCGAGCUCAUCUCCCCUCAAGUGCAGAGGCCGGAUCCCGGGGCGCGCCAACCUCGCGCCGCCGUCCCGUUGCCGCCUCCUGCGCCGCCGCCGCCGCCGGCCCCCAGCGCCCUCCGCAGCGGCUUUCUCCCCUCAGGCCCGGAGCGCCGCCGAGCCAGGAAGGACCCCGCCGUUGCUAGGCGACCCAGCCCUGCCAGGUGGCCAAGGCGCUGCCUGUCUGGAAAGCGCGCCUCCUCGGCGGGCCGGACCGAGAAGCGCCCUGACUCGGCCGCAGUGGCCGAAGGGCAGGGAGCCUCGAGGGCAGCCGAGCCCCAGGCCCCUGCAGAGGCCUCCCGCGCCACUGAAGCGCUGAGGGAGCGGCGGCGCGGCGGCAAACGAAGGAAACGUUGGCAAGAUGGCACACGGCCUCCGGUCUCUCAGAGACGCUCAAAGAACUUCACAAGCGCGAACGCCAGAGUGUUCGGUGGCAUCGCCCGCCACGGGCCGAGCCGCGAGGGACUCCCCGCGCAGCGGCCGCCGCGGCCCGUACGCUCGCGGACGCCUCGGCACCCGGAAGGGACGCGGCCGCAGGAGCCGGUUGGGGCAGCUGCGCGGGGUCCUCGCGCGCCGCCCACGUGGGCCCGGGCCGAGCCCGGUUCUCCCGGUCCCGCCGCGCCCGCCCGUGCCCGCGCCUCGCCGCGCGCCAUGGCCGCCGCCGGCGGGCUGCUCCUCCGCGCUGCCGAGUCCCCGGCCGCCGCCGCCCCCGAGACGCUCUCGGGACCCCGCCGGGCCCAGGCGAGGCGGGUGAGUUCUGCCCCGGCUUCGGAGCCGUCCGCACCUGAGGCCCGGCCCGCCGCACCUCGCGAGCGGCCGCCUCGCCGCUGGCAAGCAGAGGCUACCAAAAGAAAGUACCGAGCAUCCAGUGAGGCUCCCCCAGCGAAGCGGAGGAACGCGGCGGCGUUUCUCCCAGCCAAGAAAGCUGCUGCUGAAGAAGCACAAAGGGCUUUUAAGGGGAAGGCACAGAAAACAUUUUCUCCGAAUGAAUCUUUGGUUGGUGUGAGCGGUAAAGACCGAGAGCAGAAACCAUGCGUUAGGACUUCUUCGUUAUUUAAAAACAACCCCGAAAUUCCAGAGCUCCACAGACCUGUAGUAAAGCAGGUGCAAGAACAGGUGUUCACCUCAGACGCUUUUCACAAACUGGACCUCCACCCACAUUUAAUUUCCACGAUAAAUACGGUCUUAAACAUGACUAGCAUGACCAGCGUUCAGAAGCAAAGUAUUCCCGUGUUGCUGGAGGGCAGAGAUGCUCUGGUGAGGUCUCAGACGGGCUCAGGUAAAACGCUUGCCUACUGUAUCCCUGUGGUCCAGUCUCUUCAAGCAAUGAAAUCAAAAAUACAGCGCAGUGAUGGCCCCUAUGCCCUGGUGCUGGUGCCAACGAGAGAGCUGGCUCUGCAAAGCUUCAACACUGUCCAGAAACUGCUUAAGCCGUUCACCUGGAUCGUGCCUGGGGUGCUCAUGGGCGGAGAGAGGAAGAAAUCCGAAAAGGCCAGACUCCGCAAAGGAAUAAAUAUCCUCAUCUCGACUCCUGGGCGACUGGUGGAUCAUAUCAAAUCCACAAAGAACAUUCACUUUAGUCGGAUACGGUGGCUGAUUUUGGAUGAAGCAGACAGAAUCCUGGAUUUGGGUUUUGAAAAGGAUAUCACAGUGAUACUCAAUGCCGUGAAUGCCGAGUGCCAGCAACGACAAAACGUGUUGCUGUCGGCCACGCUCACAGAAGGUGUGACGCGGCUGGCUGAUAUCAGCUUGCUCGAUCCAGUCCGGAUUUCUGUCCUGGAUCAGCACCACGGGCAGUCUGACCUGGAGCGAGGCACACUUCCCGAGGUUUCCCCUCUACCAGCUGACGAUGAGCUGGACAGCUUCGCGAUUCCAGGAAGUCUUGAUCAGCAUGUGACGCUGGUUCCCAGCAAACUGAAGCUCGUCUCCCUGGCGGCCUUCAUCCUGCAGAAGUGCAAGCUUGAGAAAGACCAGAAGAUGAUCAUCUUUUUCUUGAGCUGUGAGCUGGUGGAGUUCUAUUACCACCUCUUCCUCCGGACCCUGCCAGCCUGCUCAGGGGCCCCCGCGUCACGGCAGCCACCAUCUGCCUCCACGAGAUUCAAAUUCCUGCGGCUGCACGGCAACAUGGAGCAGGAGGAAAGAACAGCGGUGUUUGAAGAAUUCUCACAUUCCAAGACCGGCAUCCUCCUCUGCACGCCUGGCCACCACUCCGAGGAAACUUCCAGCAAGCCCAGGUGUAAUCAGAGUGAAGGCGGACAAUUCCUGACCUGCCCUCAGCGCUCCUUGCAGGAUGUUGCAGCUCGGGGUUUGGAUCUCCCUCAAGUCACGUGGAUUGUUCAGUACAACGCUCCGUCUUCGCCUGCUGAAUACAUCCACCGGAUCGGGAGAACCGCCCGGAUUGGCUGCCGUGGGAGCAGCCUGCUCAUCUUGGCUCCUUCGGAGGCAGAAUAUGUCAACUCGUUGGCUUCUCACAAAAUCAACGUGUCUGAGAUUCACGUGGAAGACAUUUUGUCUGUUCUGACAAGGGACGGUUGUUUGAAAGGGAGCCGACGGGGAACCCAGGUACUGAAGGGUGUUCAUCGUCAUCAUCAGCUAGUAGCAGAUGUAGAGUUCCAAGUCCAGACUCCGCGACACGAAACCCGGCGCUUGUUGCUGUGGCCCCGGCGAACGUUAGCCUCUGCCUGCUGGCCAGAAAAAUCCCGUGCCGCUGGCCCCCAGGAAAUCCGACGGCGAGCCACGGUCUUGCAGACGGUAUUUGAAGAUUACGUGCACUCCAGUGAGAGGCGGGUCUCCUGGGCAAAGAAAGCUCUGCAGUCCUUCAUUCGAGCCUAUGCAACCUACCCCCGGGAGCUGAAGCACAUCUUCCACGUCCGAUCGCUGCACCUUGGUCAUGUGGCUAAGAGCUUUGGGCUGAGAGAUGCCCCCCAAAAUCUUGGUGUCUCGGCUGUAAAGAGAAGAAAAGGAAACCUGAACAGGCCUGACCUUCAUAAGAAGACCCGGGGUAAACACCGCCUUGCCGAAAUCUUGCGUUCAGAAUACUCAAGUGGGAUUGAGGCCAGCGUCGCCAAGGUCAAAAAGCAAAACAAACACGCGGCGCCCGGCAGCCAGCCAUGCAGAGCCAUCCGCACCGGGCGCCCAGCCUCGGCCGUGGGAAAACAGAAGCAGCGCUCUCCGUGCAACGGAAAAACCCAGAGAGACUGACUGGGGGCCGAGACUUCCCAAAAAAGUUUUUUGGUUUUUUGUUUUCAGCUCUGCCUCCACAGGCCUGGGGCUUGGGGUGGAUCCUGCCCUGUUCUUGUCAGGAGCAUUGUGGGAAAGCCUGGUGCCCGCCCCCCCCCCCCCCCCUUGCCCUGAAGACAAGCCCCUGACCCAGAGAAGCCAGGCCCUUAUCCCGUGGGGGGCGGGGGUCAGCAUAGUGUAGACCAGCCAAUCAGUGCACGAGAGCCGCACCCUCCCCCCCCACCCCCAGCCUCCAGCAAGAGCCUGGUGGUGUGAGUGAUAGCGGGAGGGCCCCGUCCUGCCUCCUGGUGACAGUGUUCUGAAGGUGUCUCAACGUUUUACUUUAGUUGCCCCGUCAACACAUUGCUUAACACGAAUUUUAUAAAAUAGCGUUUUUAAAACUGGGAUGCAAUUUGCUAAAGAAGAGGGUAAAGAUCAACACGUUUUCUCGAUGUACAAGUGCUUUGUUCAGAGGGCUGACUGGUUUUGGCGUGGGUCGGAAGCCUCCGGUCCGUCCGCAGGCAGCUCCAGGCCCCACAUCGCAUUCACGUGCCUGGCCGCCUCUUUUAUGUCCACGGAAAACUUCCUGUCUCGUGGCUGAUGGAUUUACUGGUGCCUUUUUUAUUUAUUUAUGCUUUUUACUGUUGCCUUUCUAUUCUUUGCCUUUGAAGUCAAAAGGCACCAGUCUCCCGAGCAUUUUCUCCCAUCGAGUCCCAUCUUGCCUUCAAGUCUGGGGUCCGGGUGUCCUUGUAGUGUGGCCCAGGUCACAGCUGCCCCUCCCCCACUGUGUGCUGCCCCGGAGGUUUGAAAGCGGCCCCCCGGGGGCGGACCGGUUGCCAGAUUUGGACGCGGACCGGUUGCCAGAUUUGGACGCGGGGAUUCCAGAGGCUUCCGAAGGAGAAGGGCCAGAGCUCAGCACCUCUGUGCCGGGAGGUGCUUUGUUCUCUCCGCCUUCUGGGGAUUCCUGGUCUUCCAACUCCUGUGAUGGAUGAUGAGGCCCCCACUUCAGUAACCAACCCUCCAGAUCCACAGGAACCAAGUGGCCAGGAGCGGAUGAGAGUGCUGCGAGAUGGGCGGUCUGCAGGGUCCACAGAGGGGCCAGCGUCCUUGCCUCUGACCCUCUUUGGCAGUGGAGGGUAGCUCGCACCGACACCAGAGGCCCCAGGGAGAGGGCGAGUGUGAGCCCAGUGAGCACUAAUCCUCUGCGGGAGGGAAAAUAUGACCUUCUCACGAGGGCUGUCACAUACGAAUUCUUAGGGGCGGUUGGUGAAGUUUCUAACAACAACAGUAAUAAUAAAGCCCUGUAGCACUUGUCAAGCGGA